UGACGCCAUUUACCUGUAAUUUAAUUGACGUGCGUAAACUAGAUAUGGGAAUUAAUCGCAGACUUCUAACUGUUUUGUCGGUGUCAUCAGCAAUACUUAUUUUAUACAAGGCUUUAAAAAUAUGGACAAGGGACAGGCUAGGUCUAGCAUUUACAAUCGGGAAGUCCUGGGACGGCAAAGAUCUGUCUCACCAAAAAGCGGAAAUCUAUUUAAGUAAAGGAGUGUCAAAUGAAGUUGUUUUAAGUGUUCGAGCCCCUUUCUACAAUGAUCCACCGGCACCAAAUGGUCCAGUAGGGCAGCCAUUUCCACAACUAUGGGAUUAUGAAGUUGUAGAGGCUUUCUUUUUAUCUGAUUCUGGAAAAUAUUUGGAAGUUGAGCUCUGUCCCCAUGGUCAACAUAUAGUCCUGAUGUUAGACGGUAGAAGAAACAUGAUAAAGGACAAACUGCCGUUAUUAUUUACAAGCAAAAUUUCUGGUUCGGAAUGGACUGGUACGGCUGUUAUACCUGCAGAUUAUUUCCCGCCAAAUGUGUCUAAAUUUAACGCUUAUGCAAUUCAUGGAUCGGGUGAUAACAGACAGUAUGAAGCUUACAUGGCAGUACCAGGUGACCAGCCAGACUUUCACCGACUCGAAUACUUUGCUAACGUAGACUUUUCAUCAGUUCUUCCUGCCCAGCCACAAACGUCAUCUUAUUGGCAACAGAAACCAGGAACCGCUUGAUGCAAUUUUAAAUUCUUUUGUAAACAAGUGCAUUUUAAGAUUUACGAAAAUGUUAAUCAUUGGUGGACAUGCAGUGCCUAAUUUUAAUCAAACUGUAUACUAUAAAGCAAUAUUUAAUUAGAAAUUUGAGUUUUGUUUAUGAAUUUGUGUCAUAUGUGUAUUAUUUUUACAAAAUAUAUAGUGUAGUAUAAAGGGUUAAAGUAAUAAUUAUUAUGUGAUUUAAUUAAUCAAUAAAGUAAUAGAAAGAGCACCGAAACACGAGGCUAUCUGAUUUGGUAGACAGACGUUUCACUAUUGAGACGGUUCACACCAAGACGGUUCACACCAAGACGUUUCACUCCCAAAUGGGAGUGAAACGUCUUGAAGACGUUUCACUCCCUUUUUAUACCAAAAUUAUUUUGAUACUUAUGAUAUACUAAAAUAAACCUAAAAUAUUGAA